AUGUCCUCUAUCAAGCCGCCUGUGGAAUUAGAGCAGCCCGAAAACAAGAAGCUUCGUGACUACAUGUUAGAAUAUGCUUCAAAGCCUGACUUCGACUAUCCACCGGAUUUUUAUUCCAACUGUGCCAAGCUCUGGAAAGACGCGGGGAUACAGGAAACGUUUGAACGGUCAAAUGAAUACCAGUUGAUUGAUUGUGCAAAAUAUUUCCUUGAUAAAACGGAGGAGGUUGGCCGAAAUGAUUACAUUCCUUCCGAACAAGAUAUUCUCCGGUGCCGUGUUUUGACAUCUGGCAUAUUCGAAACAAAGUUCAGUGUAGACAAAGUUAAUUUUCACAUGUUCGAUGUGGGUGGUCAACGAGAGGAACGGCGUAAAUGGAUACAGUGUUUUAAUGACGUCACAGCGAUCAUUUUUGUUGCGGCUUGCUCUUCCUACAAUAUGGUAUUACGCGAGGAUCCUAGCCAAAACAGAGUAAAGGAAUCCUUGGAACUUCUUGGAUCGAUUUGGAAUAACCGGUGGCUCCGCAACAUAUCUGUGAUCCUUUUCCUCAACAAACAAGACCUGCUGACUGAAAAAGUUCUGGCGGGCAAGUCGAAGAUUGAGGUAUACUUUCCUCAUUACGCCACUUACCAGGCACCAGCUGAUACACGCAAUCAUCUACAUGUUUGCUUGUUCUGUACAUCCGCUCAUUAUACCUUUGCAUUUUCCGUCAUUUUUACAGCACUCGCAGAAUACCAUCACGAAAAUCCCGAGGUUGUCCGGGCGAGAUUUUUCUUCCGAGAUGAGUUUCUGCGGGUUACCUCAAACAAUAAUGGAGGUCGUCAUUAUUGCUAUCCCCAUUUGACAUGCGCGGUGGACACGGAAAACAUCCGCCGAGUGUUCAAUGACUGUCGCGAUAUUAUCCAACGGAUGCAUCUCCGACAAUACGAGUUACUAUGA